CAUGCGCCGGAACACCGGUCCCCCUCUCCAGGGGCGUCCGGCCGUGCCCUAUAGAGGAGGUUUUGUAUCCGGGGUUAGAGGUCAACCUCAGUACAGAGUCCCGGAGACUUCCGGGCUGGGGUCUGGUGGGAGGAAGUGCUGGUUUCGUUCAGCCUUACCCCCCCUCCCCGCACCGCUUUCUCUGGCCGUAGGGGAUGGAUGAGGACGGGCUGCCCCUCGUGGGCUCUGGCAUCGACCUGACCAAGGUUCCAGCUAUUCAGCAGAAAAGAACUGUGGCAUUUCUAAACCAGUUUGUGGUUCACACGGUGCAAUUCCUUAACCGCUUUUCUACUGUUUGUGAAGAGAAGUUGUCAGCUCUAUCUCUCCGUAUCCAACAAAUUGAAACGACGCUUAACAUUUUGGAUGCAAAGUUGUCAUCUAUUCCCGGCUUAGAAGAUGUCAAAUUUGAAGUAUUGAGUGCAAAUAUGAACAGUGUUACAAAUGGUCCCAUUCCACAAGCCACUACAGAUCAGCAUUCAGUAUCUGUAUCUCCUCAGUCAGAAAAUAGCAUACAUGAGAUAGGACAACAGAAAACAGAAGCAGCAGCAGAAAACGUCAUGACUGUAGCCAAGGAUCCAAGAUAUGCCAGAUAUCUCAAAAUGGUCCAAGUGGGUGUUCCUGUAAUGGCAAUAAGAAACAAAAUGAUUUCUGAGGGGCUAGAUCCAGAUCUCCUUGAGACACCAGAUGCCUUAGUGCCUGCAUGGGGAGAUGAAGUGAAUGCAGAAGCAAGUUCUGACAGUGAAUCUUCAUUUAGUGACUAAAGAAACUGAUUUCUGCCUUAGACAACUUCUGAUAAGUGCUAUAUAUUCGACACUUUUUACAUUAUAGCAGGAGAAUGGUAAAUAAUUAGUCAUAUGGCUCAAACAAAACCAAACACCUUUUUUGGUGCUGAGGUCUUCAUGUUUUCUUCCAGGAAGUUUUAACAGACAAACACAUUCAACCUGAACUAAGAUCUCAAUCGGUAUAGCUCAUAAUGCAUUAUCACACGCUGAGAAGGCCUUAUACGAGAUUCUUCUGUCUUGCAGAAGUAAAAAAUACUGUUUAUAUAUUAAACUGUCAUUUGUGAAACUCUAAUAAAGACUUUGGUCUGAUAUGAUUAGACUUGUAAUUUAACAUUUUGUUUAUCUAAAUUCAUUUUUCCUAUCCCGUAGCUUGCAAGCUAGGCUUUUCAAAUUGGAAUGGUCUAAUUUCAGACUGAUGCACUGUAAUGUUUCUUAUGCGAUGGUUUUAUACUUAAAUGAUGCAGCAAGAAAUACAAAAGUUAGCUAUUUUAUAAUGAGCCCAAUGAGUUCUGUAUAGCAAACUGAUCUAAAAAUCAGAUAUUCAAAAAAAAUUAAAUCUAACUUUCAAAGUGUAAACUGCUAUUCUGGCUUCAGACUCUGAAUUUGAUAUAAAGUUUGAUAAAAAAAUUUCUUUUU